CCUGCUAAAGAUUUCCGAUGAAGACAAAAGGAAAGACAUGAAAAACAAAUUUUUUUCUAUGAAAUGAAAAUAUUUCAUUAUCUUUCGGGCAGUGCUUAAAUAACUAUCUCCAUAAUUAGUUUAAAAAUACUAAAGUAAAUAAAUAAAGCUAAAGUAAAGUGUAUAAAACAAAAAGCAGUGUGUGGCUAAAUUAUUAUUAUCGGUGACGACAACACUCGUAAAUAAAAAGUAAAAAUAAGUACCAACACCAAACACGAUGAAUUUAGUAGAGAAACAUCCAUACGGAAAUGGCUUGUUAUAUGUUGGAUUUAAUCAAGAUCAAGUUUCAGGAUGUUUCGCAUGCGCAACGGACACUGGUUUCCGUGUUUACAAUUGCGAUCCAUUAAAGGAAAAAGAACGUCAAUAUUUUCCAGAGGGCGGCCUAUGCCACGUUGAAAUGUUAUUCCGAUGUAAUUAUUUGGCGCUUGUUGGCGGAGGCAUCAGACCUUUGUAUCCCCCAAACAAAGUAAUCGUUUGGGAUGAUUUGAAAAAGGCACCAGCAAUAUCUAUAGACUUUAAUCAACCUGUCAAAGCAGUGCGUUUGCGACGCGAUCGCAUUGUUGUAGUAUUAGAGGGUGUGAUAAAAGUGUUUACUUUCACACAACAACCACAACAGUUGCAUGUUUUUGAGACCAGUGCGAAUCCGCAUGGAUUGUGCGUCUUGUGUCCACAUAGCAACAAAAGUCUGCUAGCCUUUCCAGGGCGACGCACCGGCCACGUCCAGAUAGUCGAUUUGGCAAAUACAGAGCGCGCUCCGCUGGAAGUUGUCGCGCACGAAGCGUCCAUUAGUUGCAUUGCCUUAAACUUGCAAGGCACUCGUUUGGCCACCGCAAGCGAAAAAGGCACUUUAAUACGUAUUUUCGAUACAGAAAAUGGCAAAAAACUUUGCGAACUGCGUCGCGGUAGUAAUCAGGCAAACAUUUACUGCAUUAACUUUAAUCACCAAUCCACUAUGCUGGUGGUGUCCUCGGAUCAUGGCACCAUACAUGUCUUCAAUUUAGAUGACAACAAACCAAAAGAAGCUGCAUUUCCGAUGAUACCAAAAUAUUUCUCUAGCCAGUGGAGCUUUGUUAAGUUCUCCAUACCGCAAGGUCCAGCCUGUAUCUGCGCAUUCGGCGCCGAUCCUAACUCUGUUAUAGCUAUUUGCGCCGAUGGCCACUAUUAUAAAUUUAUAUUCAACAAUAAGGGCGAGUGCAGUCGCGAUGUUUGUACACAAUUUCUGGAGCUGACCGAUGAUGAAGAAUAAAUGUGUUAAAAGCUUAUAAUAGCUGCUAAACUGUUUUAUUGAACAGUUUCCACGUCUAUUUAAAGCCUAUAGAAAAGUGUUUAAAAAUAUAUACAUAUAUAUUAUUUGUAGGAAAGUUUAUAUAAUAUUUGCAAAUCUGCAACUAUUGAUGGUAUCUUUGACUGGUUGAAAUAUAAAUACAUAUUACAUGCGGUAUUGGCAAGGCAUUUCGUUAAGUGAAAUAAUAAUUACAUAAGAUUGUGUAGAAGGCUCGACUAAACGUUCUACUGAGAAAAAUAUAUUUUUAUUUUGCUUAAAAAUAAAUUAUAUACAUACAUACAUACAUACAUACACA